AUGUCUGAUAAAUCUAUGAAAAAUACUGAUUAAAAUUUUCAAAAUGAUUGGUAAGAAAUUAAUUACACAAAUGAAAUAAAUUAUGAUGCAGAUUUUUUGAAAGCUUUGAAAUAAAAUUAAGAGUAUUUUGAAAAGUGUCUCCAGCACGAAGCUUAAAUAUAUAAUAUUUCUAAUAAUGAUUAGAUUAAUGAAAUAAAUGGCUAAUUGAAUGUAAUUCAGUAAUCUCUGUUUUAUAUAUAAAAUAAUAAAGACCUAAAAUAUGUUUAGUUCAAAGAUUUAAUUGAUUUUCUUACAAACAAUUUAGACUAGGAAGUAAAAAAUAAUCACCAAGUUAUAAAUCUUUAAGGCGCAUUUAUCCCUUCUAGCUCAGUACGCUCAAAUAUUAGUUUUGAACAAGUUGAUUAACAGCUUGAAAUAGGAAAAUAGCUCAAAAUACAACAAGAAAAGAUUUGA